AUGCUUGCUAAUAUUUCUCAAACCCGAUUUGAAGGAUUUUAUCAAAUUAUUGCAACAUAUUAUCGCGAUACAACAGAUUUAUCAACACGAGGAAAUUAUAAUGUUGAUUUCAAGAUGUCUAAUGUUGCAUGCAUCCCAUGCAAUUCAAUUAUCAGAAAUCAUAAACCAAAUAGUACUCCAGACGAUGUUAUUGUAACUUACUCAAUUGGUAAAAUCAAAAACAUAGGGCCUUUUAUACGUUCGCUACGCUCUACUGGUUGCAAGGCAUCUGUUAUUCUUUUAUUAGAUUCUGAUGCAUAUAAUUCCCUUGACGCAUAUAAAAAAAGUUUUAUUGAAGGAUGUGGAGUGACGAUUAUUAAUUGUGGAAAAUGUAUCUAUAGGCAAAAGUUGGAUUUUAAUUCUUAUGGAUAUAUCUGGUGUGUUGAAUUUGUUGAGCAGAAUAAGCAUCUUAUAGACAGAGUUAUAUAUGCAGAUUUAUUCGAUAUUUACUUCCAAGGAGAUCCAUUUUAUGAAGGUCUUAAACGUGAUGAAAUUCAAAUAGCAGACGAAGAAUUAGAAUUGAAAUUUAAUCCUGCCCAGCAAGAUUGGAUGAAAAAUUGUAGUAGAAGUGUAAAUGAAAAAGAUAAAGAUUGGAAAUAUCCGUGUUCAGGAUACUUUGCAGGCGGUGCAGAUAUAUUCCUUAGGUUCAUGAAGCUAUAUCUAUCAGAAUAUAAAUUCGGUUCGAAUUGCAUGGAUCAGGGGUUAAUUGCUUCAAUGAUUGCAGAUGGGGAUUUUUCCAGGCAUGAAAUACCAAUAAAUAUGAAAUUUCCCUAUUAUAUUCGUAAUCUUUAUUUUACCCAUACUUGGAAUGGAGAAACUCUUGGAACAAUGCGAACUGCAUAUGAUCGAAAUCAGUAUGCAUUAAUAAUCCACCACACUCAUUAUAAUUAUGGGACAAAAAUUGCUAUAUACAAAUUCUGUCCUCCUCACGCUCUGGAGUUUGAAUUAGACUACAUUAGCAAAUGCGAUCCAAAGUGUGUUGAAGAAUUGCGUUCAAAAGUAUCUGAUUAUUGGAAUGAUAUAUCGUAA